AUGCGGGCUGCGUCGUCGGCCGCUUGCCUCGUGGCGCUUCUCGUGGCGCCCAUCUUCAUUUCCGCGUUGCCUGUUGAUUAUUUCUAUGGAGAGGAUCAACAACAACAACAGCAGGAGCCAAAUAUCGACGAGGUAGAGGAGAAUCGUUUGGAUUUCGAUCAGCAGCAGAAGGAAUCGAUUGGCCUAUUCGCCCCAUCAAAACCAAUCGGACAAGUCAGUGGAUUAGCAAUCAACUCGAAUGGACACAUCGUCGCAUUCCAUCGUUCCGGACGUGUUUGGGAUGAAAAGAGCUUCAACUCAGACGAGACAUUCAACAAAGAUUUGGGACCAAUCAACAACAAAACCAUCGCAAUUGUUGAUCGGGAUCAAAAGACUGUAGAUGAGUUUGGAGAGGGACUCUUCUAUAUGCCACAUGGAUUGACAAUUGAUUCAAAUGGAGAUUAUUGGGUGACUGAUGUUGGAUCUCAUCAGGUUCAUAAGAUUGAUGCAAAGACACAAAAGAUUGUGAUGAGUUUGGGAGAGAAGUUGGUUCCUGGAGAGGAUGAUAAGCAUUUCUGCAAGCCAACUGAUGUGGCAGUUGCUAAGAAUGGACACAUUUUCGUGGCCGAUGGUUACUGUAACAGUCGAAUUCUGAAGUUCGACUCGAAGGGAAAUCUCAUGGCUCAGAUUAAUGCUGCUCAAGAAGACGGCCAACCAUCGGAAUUCGCCAUUCCACACUCUCUAUCUCUCAUCGAGGAUAUGAACAUCGUCUGUGUUGCUGACAGAGAAAACCAACGUGUGCAAUGUUUCUCGGCGGGUCUUUCUGAGGGUGAUCGUACGCUUCCAACUGGAAUUCCAAUCACCUCAGCCACCGACAUCGGACGUGUCUUCGCCAUCCGAGAGCGUGAACAUUAUCUGAUUGGUGUGACGGGUACUAGUGAUGACGUCGAGGCUCAAAUGUUCUCCAUUGAUAUGAGCACUGGAAAAACCGAAACGUUCGCCAAGGGACUUCGCGAGGCACACGCGUUGGCUGUUGCUGCUGACGAUGUCAUGUUCGUUUCCCAAUUGGAGCCAAGUCGCAUUUUGGAAGUUCGACUUUUGUAA